AUGAAAAACCACAGUCGACCCGGACGAAAUCGGGUGACAUGCAAAGCCUUCACUGCAAUCGCUUUCAGCACAGUCAUAUUGCAGACCUUAGCACAAGACAGCAAAAGAGGAUUCGCCUACGUCGGCGAUGCCCACGAAGCCGACAACAACCUCCUCACCUCCUCCAAAACCCCCCUAAAAUGGUAUUACAACUGGGCGCCAUCUCCACCAUCCCAGGUCCCCUCCACCAAUCUCGAGUUCGCUCCACUGAUCCAUGGAUUGGAUGAGGCUUCUUCAGACUCGAUAUCCCAGCAACUCUCCAACCUGCCCGACUCCUCUACACAUCUGCUGGCUUUUAACGAACCAGACGGAACUACCGAGAGCGGUGGGAGCAGUAUUUCUCCUGAAGAUGCUGCCAAAUCUUACAUCGAUCACAUUGCGCCGUUUCGCUCAGAAAACAGGAAGUGGAAGAUAAGCCACCCAAGCGUGACGGGGUCGGAGAACGGACUGGAGUGGUUGAGGAAGUUCAACGAGUCGUGUUACGAUAUAGACGAGAAAAAUGGGUGUCCGACGGACUUCGUAGCUGCGCAUUGGUAUGGGGCAUUUGACGGGCUCGCUUCGUGGUUAGGAACGUUGGAUGAGUUCUACAACACAAAUGGUUCGAGGGAGGGAGAAGAGAGGUUGAAGAUUUGGGUCACGGAGUUAGCGCUACCUCAGGCGGAUGCGGAGGCGACGGUGCAGAUGAUGAAUUUGACUUUGCCGUAUUUAGAUGGACUUGAGUAUGUGGAGCGGUAUGCGUGGUUUGGGGCUUUCAGAGAGGGGGAUGCGAAUGAGUGGACGGGCGAUGGGGUUGCUUUGUUCGGUGAUGAUGGGGGGUUGACGGAGUUGGGGGCUUUGUAUAUGGGCGGAGAGCAGCAGGGGUUCAUCCAGGGACAAAAGGGCGAGGGUCAAGGCGCGGGGAACCAAUUGCAGGUGGAAUGGCAGCUGAUGCUGCUGUUGUCACUGACUGCACUGUGGUUCAGCAAUUACUGGUAG